AUGAACUUGACGAAAACAUAUGGUCCAGGUUUUGGAGAUUUCUCACACAAUCAGUUCAGAGAAAUACCACAUGUACGAAAAUUAGGAUUUACGAAUAUCUUUGAUGUGGGAAAACUAUUUGACUUCGGAUUUGACGUGAGAUAUAAUCCUCUGAUAUGCAACUGUAGAAUUGCUAAGCCGGUAAUGUUUUUUAAGGCAUACAUUGACAUUAUGGAGAGGGAUUACUUUAUAACCUGUGGAUCUCCAGAUGCUUUCCGAGGAAGAACUAUUCCAAGCAUCAUUGAUGAGGAACAAAUAACAGACUUGAUUUGUAAUGAUACUUCAAAACCUGUGUGUCCUCCAGGAUGUUCUUGUAUUAAAAAACCAUGGAUCACGAGUCUUAGAGAGCGAAAAAUGAAAUUAAUACUUCAUAUGAACUGUACAGGAGCUGGACUAAAACGACUUCCUCAUAUUCUUCCCAAUAGUGAAGAAAUUGAGUUCUAUUUGAGAGGGAAUCCAAUGAAAGAAAUAACAAAGGAAUAUUAUUUGGAACGAGUCACUGUUCUUUACUUACCAUUUAUACCUUCUUUUGAAAUGGAAGCCCUGGAAAACCUUACUCAUCUGAGGGUGUUCUCUAUUCCAAGGUCCCGACAAGUCCAUGGAAUUCCUCGUAUACUUUCUUUCUUGGAUCCGUGCGUAUUUCUUCAGAGGGGGAAUUUCGUUAUGAAUUGCACUUGCUCUCAUUUUUGGAUGUAUAAUUGGAUUAAAACAAAACAAGCUGACAAUUGCACGUCAUAUUCCUUUAAUUGCUUAAAAAGAGAUGGUGAAGAUCUAUUGACAACUUAUAUUCCCAAUCUUGAUUGCAGGAACUCUAAUCAAGAUCAUACAUGUGUCCUCCUAUUGUCAGGUUCUUCAGCAUUUGUGUUUACAUUCAUCCUAACUAUUUUAGCUUGUAUCUGGAAGUUUGAAUUCAGGGUCAUUCUUAGAUCUAGACGAAUAUGUACGAUGUCAAAGAAGACUCUGGACGAGGAUUGUGUUGUUUACUUGUCAUAUGACGAAAAGAUCAAAGAUUUAAAUUCCUGGCUGAUUAAGAGACUCGAACCUUUUUUGACAAGAAAUUAUUUGAGUGCAUUCAUCCCGUCACGUGACUUACCUCUGGGCUGUAUUAGAUCGGAGGAGAGGGCAUGGCAAAUAUCAGUCUCUAGGUACUAUAUCAUAUUUCUGUCUGUCGACUAUUUCGACGAGGACUCUUUACAGACACAGAAUGACUGGAAGUGUAUCUGGAACAGUUACUUGUCUGACUCUAGGAAGGAAUUAGUGGUCAUAAACUAUGAUUUGAUGAAGACGACUGAUGUUCCCUGUAACACAUUUAGGGCAGUCAUGCGCUUUGGCAGUGUUGUGGAUUUUGCUUCAGGAGAAAAGAAAAUAUUUUCUCAGAUAUCGAAAAAGUUUCUUAAUUAAUCGCGAGAUAUUUUUUAUGCAAUUAAUUUCACGAACUAAGUA